CAUUUUAACUCGAUUUACUUCUUCUAUGUCCGGAAUCCGGAUGUUCUCUUCUACAGGACUAACUUCCCUGGCUGCCGGCAAGCCCUUAUGCCCUAGCCCUGGAAUGUUUGACCCCAUGGGGAGUAUGGGGGGUAUGACGGUCUGUGAGACCAUUCCAACACAGCCCAUGUAUUAUGGUUACGGCGGCCUCAGCAACAUCGGAAUGAUGCCUGGCAUGGGUUACCCCGGUUACGGAGGAUUCCCCGGUUACGCUCAAGGCUUCGGUAACGCUGGCCUCGGCGGCGGGUUAGGCCUCGGCCUCGGAGGGGGGCUAGGUCUAGGAGGGGGCUUAGGCCUUGGCGGGGGGCUAGGCCUUAACGCGGGGCUAGGCGCCGGUCUUGGAGCCGGUCUUGGAGCCGGUCUUGGAGUGUAUUAAGUCUGUGAAAUUUGAAUUAGUUCAGUGAUAAAAUACAGUGUAAUUUGCAGUUCUGUUCUAAUAAAAAUUUCGUUUGAAUAA